CGGAAGCUCUGGGCGGUGGGGAGCGGCGGGCUCGGAAGGCGGGAGGCCCUUAAAAAUGGGGAACACAAGCAGUGAGCGAGCUGGCCUAGAGCGUCAUGGGCACAAGGCAUCCCGAGGUGACAGCUCAGGAGGAGUCAUCAGUACCAAAGAGGGUGAUAGACCAAAAAUUUUAAUGGACAGUCCUGAAGAUACAGACUUGUUCCAUUCAGAGGAAAUGAAGGCUCCAUUGGAGAAAGAAGAAUUCCUAGCUUGGCAACAAGAUCUGGAAGUGAAUGAUAAAACUCCCACUCAAGCUCGACCAACGGUCUUUCGCUGGACUGGGGGAGGAAAAGAAGUCUAUUUAUCUGGGUCCUUCAACAACUGGAGUAAAAUUCCUCUGACAAGGAGUCACAAUAACUUUGUGGCCAUCCUGGACCUGCCAGAAGGGGAGCACCAAUACAAGUUCUUUGUGGAUGGGCAGUGGACUCACGAUCCUUCAGAGCCAGUAGUAACCAGCCAGCUAGGUACUGUCAACAACAUCAUACAGGUGAAGAAAACUGACUUUGAAGUAUUCGAUGCUUUGAUGGUGGACUCCCAAAAAUGUUCAGACAUGUCUGAAUUGUCAAGUUCCCCCCCAGGACCAUACCACCAGGAGCCCUAUGUUUGGAAGGCAGAGGAGCGCUUUAAAUCACCACCUAUUCUCCCCCCCCACCUGCUGCAGGUCAUCCUGAACAAGGACACAGGCAUUUCUUGCGAUCCUGCUCUACUCCCUGAACCCAACCAUGUCAUGCUGAACCACCUCUACGCACUUUCUAUCAAGGAUGGAGUGAUGGUGCUUAGUGCUACACAUCGUUACAAGAAGAAAUACGUGACUACUUUGCUGUACAAGCCAAUAUGAAUGUCAUAGGAGUUUGUGACCAAUAGUUCUGGGCCAGUGCAGUCUCAGAAAAAAAAUUCUUCUCUUAACCAAAUGUACUCCUGCUCUGUGCUGUAGCAAAUGAACUCUGAUUUAAUAUUGUCUCUGAGACUUCCAGGUUUUCCUGUAUUUGCCUUAUUGUCCCAGUCCCACCUUGGAAGUUCGUGAAGACAGCAGCUUUGUGGCAACUAGACAGAUGGCAAAGGUGUCAGUGCCCGUUGUCAGCUCAGUUAAAAAACCACCAUUGUGCAGGCAGCAACAGAUUAAAGACCUUCAGCAGUGAGCCAGACUGUAAGUAACUUAACAAGCCAGCCCAAAGUCUAGAACGUUGAGGAUUCUUGUGGAAUCUUAUUUAAGCUUAACACUCAGCAAUAGCAAGCCUGUUACAGCUUUCAUAUCAUCAAACACAAUUAUUUCAGGAGCAAGUUCCAAACUUGCAUGGCUGAAUUAAGUGUGAAUAUUGAUGAUCUUUCUAGUAGCAACCUUUUCUAGGCAAAAUGAGUGACACAAUCAUCUACAAGCUCAUUCUUAGUUUACAGUAGACUGGGGUGCAGUGCUGCUGUGGAGUUUUUCUCUUCAUGAGAACUGAAAUACAACUUUUCCCCUGUGGAAUUUCUGGUAAAGAUAAUUGUUUUUAACGGCUGGAUGUUUCUGUGAAUCAUAAAUGUGUCAUCUUGUAAUCUGUUUUUUGAAACUAGUUUCUCUUGCUGUUGCUGAUAAGGACUUCCUUAAGCUGGGACAGGGAACUGUAAGGAAAUUGGUUAAGGGAUUUAGUUCUUCAGGAACAGCCUGAAGUCAUUUGUGUCCCAGUGGCCAAACUUGCCUCUUGGUGUCUGGGUACAGCAGCACUGCACCCUGCCCUGCCCCGGCUGGAGCUGGGCCUCCUGCCAGGGAUGCAAAACCCCUGGUGCUUCCACAGCCAGGGCUGUGGAGCUCUCUGCAACUUGUUACUCUGUUUAUAUUUUCUAAGACUUCAUAGUAACACCAGGUUGCCUGUACGUGGUACUGGCAGCCUGUUUUAUCCCAAAAGAAAUGCAACAUUAAUGCAAAACCUCCUGCCAGUGUGCCUCGGGCCUGCCCUGGGGGAAACCAGCUCGGGGGGGUGACCUGCUGGGUCCUCCCCACUGUUUGUUAGUGCCUGAGAGUGCCAGUGACUGUGCCAAUGAUAACCAGCUGUGUCCCACUGUGUGGGAAGAGCACAUAGUACCAAUCAGUCAGGAGUUGGAGAGGGGACAAAAGCUGCAGCAGCCACUCAGCAGUCAGGAACCAGCCACAGGAAGGGUGCUUUGCCAUCCUUGGAUCUGUUCACUAGCCUUGUUACAGUGUCCUGAGUAGCUCAGUAGAUCUGGGUCUAGUGCAAUAGUUUUCUCUGAAAACUUCCUUCAUUCAUGCUACAGAUAGUAUUUGGUAUUUUGAAAUAGAGAAUUGCUUUCGUUUUCAGCCUCUUCAGAAACAAAUAAAACAUUUUCAAGAAAAGUGGGUGAUUUGCUUUGUUGUU